GUCUGUAUUUUUUUUACUUUUCACCUUUCAACGCCCCUAUUCAACACGUUAACUGUGCGGUAUCAUCAACUGAUUACCUUUGAACACAAAUAAAAAAAUCCACUACUACUUUUAACCCCUUAUUGAUUGUUCUUUUGUAUUAUUAUAACAAAAUGAUUUUUUGAACUGUUGUCUCCCCCCAACGGAUCCCAUAAAGUCAGAAAAGGAAAAAUACAAAAAAAAACACACACCCACAUCAAGCAGACAAUAAAAAGAAGUCAAAUCGCAUUCCAUUUUAGCGAUUGAAGAGCCCAAACUGUGUCAAUUAUUAGUGACGCUUUAUACGGAAACUCCUUUAAAGAAUCGAUUGGAAGUUUGAAAUUCUAAGAUUCUCAGGAACUACGUAGUUUAGAUUGUAGAACCAUCAGAAAUGGUGAUUAUCAGUGAUAUAGUGUACCAAGCAAAGGUAAACACGGUCAACCCCCCUUCCAAAACCGAAGGUCAAUCUCAAACCAAUUCAUCUGCUAUCCAAAUGAAUGGAAUCAAGACCUCGGUCAAUUUGACCAACCAAUACAAUCAUGAUGAUGCUCAAGAUGUUCCAUGGUUGGUUUCAGAUCAUGACGAAUCUGAAGGAGAAACUCAUUGUUCUAGUGAUUCCGAAGAAGAAGCAUUGACUUCUCCAGCAGUUGCUGCUGUUGAAUGUAUCAGAAGAGAAAUGAAGAGAGAAGGAUCUCAAGAUGAAGAAAUCAAGAAUCAAAAUAAAAAGGAUCUUGAAGAUGGUACUGAAAAGGAAAUUACCGCUUUAUCUUCCGAGGUGUUUGAAUCUUCUGCUUCUUCUUCCGCUUCUUCUGCUUCUUCAGUAGCCGCAAUCACCACUCCAGUGGAUGCCACACCUACUCCUUCGUUGGCCAUCGAUAAACCUCUGCUUACUGCUCAAGGAUUCAAACAGGAAAGAACUCAACUUAUGACCAUUGUGGUUAAAUAUAUGGCCACAAAGAUCAACAAUUCUUUCCCUCCUGCAGCAACAAAACAUACAACAUCGAGAGAACUUCCAUUGGAUAAAUUUUUACUUAUUCUUACAAGUAGACUUCGUCUUUCGUUGUCUCAAUUUAUGCAAGGUAUGAUCUACUUAUUCCGCUACAUGGAUAUCGUCUAUCUUUUAAGAUAUCUUAACCAAUCUAAUAAUUUUGCCAACUACAAUGAAAUGCAAUUUUCUGUCAAGAAGUUGGUGGUUGGAUGUUUUAACUUAUCUUUAUCCAGAUACGGAGGAAGAGCAGCAGCUGGAAUAAAUUGGCAAACAAUUACUGGUUUAUCUCAAGAUGACGUCAAUGCCGUUGUGAAUGUUCUUACUUCACGUAUGAAUGGUAAACUUUCAAUUAAGCAAGUUGAAUUGGUUAAGAUGAAAUCUGAGAUCUUAAGGUUUGUCAAGAUGGUUACCCGGGCUAUUUAGGUUAGUUUCGGAUGGGUAUAAAGCCCCAUACGUUGUGAAUUAGUGUACUAUAUAGUUUAAAAUGAUUGUUAAGAAAAUUUCAAA